AUGAUUGCGCUUCCCACUGGACCAGAGAAUGCUCUCGCGCUUCUCUCUCUUGCUACUUAUCACACUGUCGCUCCUAUCAAUGCGAGCUGCACAGCGUCGGAACUUCGAGAAGAUGCGCAUCGCUUGAACGCCAAGGCAAUCGUUUCUACGAAGGAGGCUGGUCACCGUUUGGAGCUUCUGGCUCUUCAAGAUGCCCUCGAUUGCGAGAUUGUUUACAUAGAAGGAUAUCCAACGGGGCCCGCGGGAUUAUUCCACAUGACAUUGGUGGGUGGUAACAUGGUCAUUCCUCCGCCAUCGACGCCACAUGGGCUUCGUGACCAGUCGCUCGUUCUCCACACUUCGGGUACUAGUGGCAAGAAAAAGGUUGUGCCGUAUACUCUACGCUCUUUGAUUGUGGGUACUUGGGCCGUGGUUCAUUCAUGGGAUCUCCAACCACGCGACGUCAACUUAAACAUGAUGCCACUUUUCCACGUCGGUGGGAUCAUACGCAAUCUAUGGGCCCCCGCAUUUUCUGGUGGAAGCGCAAUCAUGUGUGCCGGUUUUGACGCGAUCGCAUUCUGGAAUCUCGCUUCCCAGCUACAUGCAACUUGGUACUAUGCCGCGCCUACAAUCCAUCAUGCUGUCCUUACGUCACAACCUGAUUACAUUGACCCAGAUCGCGACAUUAGUAUCCGUAUGAUCUGCAAUGCUGCUGGUGGUUUACUCCCUUCUCUUGCUGUUGAACUCCAGAAUCGAUUCACAAAGGCCACUAUUCUGCCUUCGUACGGGAUGACGGAAUGCAUGCCAAUCGCCUCUCCGCCCACGACGUACCGACUUGAACGUCCCGGAUGUUCUGGAAUAGCGUGCGGUCCAUACAUCUCAAUUCGUGAUCCCUAUGAUUCAGAGUGCGAAUUUCCAACCGGGAAAACUGGAGCGGUGUCGGUCCGCGGGCUGCCCACAUUUGAAGGUUACGAGAUCUCUCCGGACAUCAACAUGCCUCUCGACACGUCCGCUUUCUCGAGUGAAGGCUGGUUUGACACAGGAGAUGUAGGAUAUGUGGAUUCUGAUGGUUAUUUGUUCAUUACCGGUCGUUCCAAGGAGAUUAUCAACAAGGGAGGGGAAGUCAUUUCUCCUUUCGAGAUCGAGGAGGCCAUUAUGACGGCGGCGAGAGACCAUGUCAAGGCUUCUCUGGCUUUCGCAAUUGACCACAACGCUCUGCAGGAAGCCAUUGGUGUUGUUAUAGUUCCUAUCCCUAAUCGGCCUCGAGUCGGGCUUUCUCAGCUCCACGAUCUACUGAAAGACCACUUGCAUCCUUCGAAGUGGCCAUUUGCGAUCGUAUAUAUGGCGGACUUACCAAAAAACAGUGCUGGCAAACCUCUUCGAAUCAAACUAGCGACUCGGUUCGGUCUUGGAUGCAUGACCGACAGUGUCCCUGUUGUCCAACGUCAUUUCGAAGCAGAGGUCCCUCCUCCAUUAGCAGCACUUUCGGAACCUAUUGCAUGCUCAAAUGUGUCAGUUGAUCUUGCCGAGCUCAAAAUCACGCUGCUAUCAACACAUGGAGUGUCCGAUGUUGCUGUACGUUUCCGCCACGACGGCAAUCCCGAAGCCUUUGUCUCCUUGAUAUCCCAGGACGCCCCUGGUGAGGACGCUCUGAUGGAGUACAUCUCCGGAAUUCUGCCAGGCUACAUCCUACCUGACCCCCUUCGCGUACUGAGGACUCCACUAUUGAAGAGCACUGAUGGCCAAGUUGAUUUCUCCACCAUGGAGGAAGAGUUCGCUCGCCAGAACGCUUCAACGAUGACGCCACGUGAACUUCUCGUCCGCGACAUCAUCUCUGACCUUCUUUCCAUCGAGUCGGACAGGAUAAAAAGGGACUCCGACUUCUUCCUACUUGGCGGCAACUCUCUUCUUCUGGGAAAAUUAUCCUACUUCGUUCGGAAGGCCACAGGUGCGGCUAUACCUAUCUCUGCAAUCUUUGCCAACAGCACUGUUUCCGGGAUCGCAAAGCUUAUCCAGAUUCAACAAGAGCACACCCCGUCCAAUUCCACUUCCAUGAUGACUCUCCCUUACAAAAGGCUACCCGACACACCUUCAGAUUCAACGCUAAGCUAUGGCGAGCAGGACAGCACGAAAUCACCCAAAGGAUUUCGUGGGCAGAGUCACCCUCUUUCUAUUUUGCUUCAAUCCUUCCCAUUUAUUUUUUUCUAUCCCCUCAAAACCGCUUUGACUUGGACACUUUUGUUGUAUAUUAUGUCCCACCUCGCUAGGUAUAUUGACAACAGCUACUGGGAACGGAUGGGCGUCUUACUUUGCUGUAUCGUUGCAGCGCGGUUGGCGACACGAGUCGUUGCACCAGUUGUUGCGAUAGCAUUCAAGUGGAUUGUCAUUGGAAGAUAUAAACCUGGUACUUACAAGAUGUGGUCACCAUACUACUUGCGUUGGUGGAUUGUUAAUCAGAGUUUGCGGACGGCUGGUCGUGGUAUAUUUGCGUUGCACCCGGCCCUAGAGAAGCUCUAUUUCCGUCUCCUGGGUGCUCGCAUAGGCAAGAACGUCCGCAUAGCGCACAAGGCAAAGCUCGGCGAGUACGACCUUAUCAGUCUAGAGGACGGCUGCCGUCUCGACACCGCUCUUAUUCGCGGGUUCUGUGUCGAGAGGGAUGGACAGUUCCGCCUUGACCAUAUUGUCAUUGGGAAGAAUGCCGUCGUCAACACCUAUACCCAAGUGGCACCGGGGGCUCGCAUUCCAGAUGGCGCCGUCUAUGGUCCUCAUUCAUCCAGCAACGAAGCUCCUUCUCCAUCGGCGUACGCGGCGCUCAACAGGACUUCUUUCCGGGGACCGCACUGGUUCUUGAAAGUUUUCGUAGCCUAUCCCAUUUUCGGUUUGGUGCUUUUCAUAUCCUAUCUACCCUGGUUCGCGUCCAUCUAUCUGAUGUUGGAGGAGACUGUGUUUAUCCGACCUCACGGUAACGCUCUCGUCGCCGUGAUUUUCUGGUUUGCAACAUCAAAACGAGUGCUCUAUCACGCGAUAUCAAGAAUAAUCAGGGCCGUCUUCACUCCACUAAUUCACCUCGUUGUCUCGAUAAUCGUGAAGCGCAUCUUUGGUUUGAACAGGCCCUGCAGAGAUGAAGAUGUAUCACAGCUGGUUUUACUUCGGCGAUACAUCAACUCUGUGCUCCUGUCUCAGGAUCGUCUGAGGGACGCUUUCUCUAUUCUGGGUACUCAUUACGAGGCUGUUUCCAUCGCGUAUCGUGCAAUGGGCGCCAAAAUUGGCCGUCGGAUCUAUUGGCCUGGAUCUGGGAUGUACUGUCUCGAACCAGAACUGUUAGAAAUCGGUAACGAUGUAGUCUUUGGGUCACGUUCUGAGGUCUUCACUACGGAUACCAUUUCAUCUGAGAGGAUAGUCAUUGGCGACGGUGCUAUGAUUGCCGACCGAGUUAUCCUUCUGCCCGGUGUACGGGUGGGUCGUCGCGCUGUGUUGGGAUCCGGUACUAUGACAACUCGGGAUGCUUACUAUGAAGAGCGCUCAACAUGGAUGGGUAGCGAUCGCGGUCAGGCUAUCUGCUUCAGCAAAGGUUCAAAGGACCCCGAUCCAACUAGCGAUACGACGACACCGUUUGGAAAGGCCUUCUAUAGACGCCAAGCUGAUUACUUUGUCCUUCCUUAUUCCAUCCUCCUGCUUAUCAAUGUCUUCGCUGCCUCAUGCUCUGCCGCUUUCUGGUCGAUCAGUGCCGUCGCCACAGCUCAGGUUCUUCGACAGUUACAUAUCCAUUUCCCGGAGGUCCAUUUCUUCAGCCCCGUGUGGUACCGUGUCGUCGUGCUCUAUGGUCUCAUCGCUAUCGGUUUUGCCGUCGUGCUUAAUCUUCAAGCUCUGGCCGUUAUUCUGUGGGUAAUCGUGACCAAAUGGAUAAUUAUUGGUCGCCGGAACGUGGGAAAAUACGAAUGGGAUAAGAGCAGUUACUGCCAGAGAUGGCAACUCCAUCUGGUCCUUUCCCGUCCGCUCUACAAGGGGUACGGAAAUGGAGGAAUCCUACUCCCCAUGACGGGAACUGUUUUCAUCGUGUGGUAUCUGCGGGCGUUGGGUGCUAAGAUCGGCAAGAAUUGCGCUAUAUACGUCGGUGGCAAAGCUGGUCUGAUGACCGAACCCGAUCUGGUCGAACUUGGCGAUGAUGUGUCCCUAGACAACUGCUCGGUCGUGGCGCAUAUCAACUCGAGAGGAAAUUUCGCGCUUAACGGCCUGAAAAUCGGUACUGGUUGUGCUAUGCGAAGUGGUUCCAGAUUGCUUUCGGGUGCUUCCAUGGAGGAUAGCAGCAUGCUCUGUGAGCACACGCUUUUGACAUCGGGCGAAGUCGCCGAGUCGGGUGCCGUAUAUGUCGGUUGGCCUGCGAGACGGGUCGACCACUCCAAAUCAUGGCGGGGCUCGAAGGAACGAACCGAAGUGAGAUGA